UCUACAUCAUCCACAGUUCAUAUACACAAAAAACAGUGUGUAAAGUUUACAUUUUCUGUUUUGCACUCUCGAGAACAAAGAAACAUGGGUGCUCCUUCUCUACAAUCAUUUGCAUUACCAGCAAUGUUGUUUCUCUUCUCAUUGAUCAUAAUCCCUCAGCAUGCAGAAGGGGGCAUUACCAGACACUACCAUUUUGAUAUAAAGUACCAGAAUGUUUCGAGACUGUGCCACACAAAGAGCAUGGUCACAGUGAAUGGUCUGUUUCCUGGGCCCCGCAUAGUUGCUAGGGAGGGUGAUCGUCUUCUUAUCAAAGUGGUUAACCAUGUUCAGAACAACAUCUCCAUCCAUUGGCAUGGCAUUCGACAACUUAGAUCAGGGUGGGCUGAUGGACCUGCCUACGUGACUCAAUGCCCCAUUCAAACAGGCCAAAGCUAUGUCUAUAAUUUCACCAUUGUUGGUCAGAGAGGCACUCUCUUUUGGCAUGCUCACAUUUCAUGGCUAAGAUCAACUGUGUAUGGUCCUCUCAUCAUUCUACCUAAGCAUGGAGUUCCAUAUCCUUUUACCAAACCUUACAAGGAAGUUCCCAUUAUCUUUGGAGAAUGGUGGAAUGCAGAUCCAGAAGCAGUCAUAACACAAGCAUUGCAAACAGGUGGAGGACCAAAUGUGUCUGAUGCCUACACCAUUAAUGGACUUCCAGGGCCACUCUAUAACUGUUCUUCAAAAGAUACGUUGAAGCUAAAGGUGAAGGCAGGGAAGACAUACCUUCUCCGGUUGAUCAAUGCUGCACUCAAUGACGAACUCUUCUUCAGCAUUGCAAAUCACACUCUCACAGUAGUUGACGUAGAUGCAAUCUAUGUUAAGCCAUUUGACACUGACACCAUUCUCAUUGCUCCUGGACAAACCACCAAUGUUCUUCUCAAAACCAAAUCCAAAUACCCCAAUGCCACAUUCUUCAUGAGUGCCAGACCAUAUGCCACUGGCCAGGGCACUUUUGACAACUCAACUGUUGCUGGGAUCCUUGAAUAUGAAGUUCCACCUCACUCUCUUCACUCCACAAAUUCACUCAAGAACCUUUCACUCUUCAAACCUAUUCUCCCUGCACUCAACGACACUUCUUUUGCCACAAAAUUCUCCAACAAACUCCGUAGCUUGGCAAGCCCUCAGUUUCCUGCAAAUGUUCCCCAGAAAGUAGAUAAGCAGUUUUUCUUCACAGUUGGCCUUGGCACCACUCCCUGCCAGAAGAACCAAACUUGUCAAGGACCCACCAAUGCAACAAAAUUUGCAGCAUCAGUGAAUAAUGUGUCUUUCACACUCCCAACCACUGCUCUUCUUCAAGCACACUUCUUUGGGCAAUCCAAUGGGGUUUACACCCCUGACUUUCCAACCAAACCACUGUUUCCAUUCAACUAUACAGGCACCCCACCAAACAACACCAUGGUGAGCAAUGGAACAAAGGUGGUGGUUCUUCCCUUCAACACCAGUGUAGAGCUCGUGAUGCAGGACACCAGCAUUCUCGGUGCUGAGAGUCACCCUCUCCAUUUGCAUGGCUUUAACUUCUUUGUUGUUGGUCAAGGUUUUGGGAACUUUGACCCAAAUAAGGACCCAAAAAACUUCAAUCUUGUUGAUCCCGUUGAGAGAAACACAGUUGGUGUCCCUUCCGGUGGAUGGGUUGCCAUCAGAUUCUUAGCAGAUAAUCCAGGGGUAUGGUUCAUGCAUUGCCAUCUUGAAGUGCACACGAGCUGGGGUCUAAAGAUGGCAUGGAUAGUGUUGGAUGGAAAACUUCCAAAUCAGAAGCUGCUUCCCCCACCGGCUGAUCUUCCAAAGUGUUAAAUACUUCAUGUCAUAGCUUUCUGAAUGUUUUUGGUGUUUCCUUUAUAUCUUUUUCUCCUUCAAAUGGCCCUUUUUGUGAUUCUUCAUGGGCUAACUCACGGUCAUUAGUUCCAUUUUUUUUUUCUUGUUCGGAGAUGAGGUUAAAGUGUGGAAAGAGUAUUAGGUGUGCCCACAAUAACAAAUUUGCUCUCAACAUUGUAAUAUUCUUUCAUUUCAAUCAGGAA